ACAAGGCGGUGGAGGUUGGAUAUUUCGAGACGAUGAACGGUACUCGGGGAAUAAAAGCCGUUUCAAAAUCAUGUCACGGACAUUAGCCGAAGAAGAAGCUUACGAUGUGAGACCCUUGCGGAAAGGAGUACGGAGCGGGAUAUUGUUUUCGAUAAUGAACCUGGCCAAAGGCGCGCUCGGCGGAGGCGUGCUGGCCGGCCACGUGGCGUACAUGACGGCAGGCUACCUCCCCGCAAUCAUCCUCAACUUGAUUUACGGCGUCUACAUGUGCUUCAACUUUUACAUUUUAGUGUUGUCCGCACAAAGGCUGUGUCGCCGAUGUCACGUGGCUUCCAUGACGUAUCCCGACGUUGGCGAGGCUGCGUUCGCUCUGUUCCCCAAUCCCAAGGUUGCAAGAUGGUCGACUUGCUACAGAAAAUGGAUCGAUGUCAUAACGUGUUUGAACCUGUUCGGCUCUUGCGCGGCGUAUCAGCUAAUGGUGGCCAAAACUAUAAAACAAUUGGCAGAAGACACCCAGGAGAGCAUUCUAGAGGGUCGACAUGGAUUACCACAUUUGCGUGCGUAUAUUGCUUUUAUGAUCGUCCCAUUUAUCAUCAUCUGUUUAAUUACGGAAAUUAAAUACUUGGCGCCAUUUUCGAUUGCUGCAAAUGUUGUAAUAGCGUUAGCGAUAAUAAUUACCUGCGUAUACGCCCACAAAAACAACCCGGGCUUCGAGAACAUGGUGGUGGCGAAUAGUUUUAUGGACGUGAUCAAAUACACCGGCAUGGCCGUGUUCAGUAUGUCGUGCGCGGGAGUCGUCAUACCGGUGGAAAACAACAUGAAAGAACCUAACAAGUUUGGUAUUGUGUUAUUUACCGGCUACAUUUUCAUCAUAGGCGCUGUGUUCUUAGCUUCUUUUUUCGGAUAUGUUGCGUUUUUGGACAAGUGUGAGUCGCCGAUAACAAUGAAUUUUCCAUUGACCAUGGGCCCAAAAGUCCUGAAAGGUUUCAUCGCGGUCAUGAUCUACGUGACGCAUGCAGUCAACUUUUUCAUGCCGUUCAACUGCGUGUUCUUCUACCUGAAGCCUAAGUUUAAGCCUGAGAAACAAUACAAGAUGGAACUUUUGUUCCGAGCGAUUAUAGUGAUCAUUAUAUCCUUGGUCGCUAUUGCGUUUCCCAGUGUUGAUGCCUUGAUGGGAUUUCUGGGCUGUUUCUGCCUCUCGAACAUGGCUUUUAUCUGUCCGAACACAAUCUACGUAUUGGUGCACUACGAGCGACCAGGUAAGAACAAAAAGUGGUUGAUCUGGCGCGCCGUUCUGCUCUCGCUGUUCGGAGUGUUCAUCCUCUUCUGUGGCUCCUUCGUCAGCGGCAAGGACCUCGUGUUCACGGUGUUCAAGAAGAAGCCAGAAGGAACGACGACCACCGAGGCGGGCGCGGUGGUGGCAGAACCUCCUCCUGCUGAAGAGGCUACAUAG